AUGGCCCUCAAACAUGCUCUUUUAUGUGCCCUUUCCUUAGCCACAGCUACUCAGGCUGCUGUCAAAUUCUACGGAUCUAGCGGCACUGCUGGCGAUAUCCUCAAAUGCGGCGGUGGUGCCAACAACACCGACGCAAGUCUUGCUUUCUUGUUUUCAACCAUUUACCCUGGCCAUGUCGCCCAAAAUUCGACCACUUUCCGAUUUGACAAUCCCAUUAUUUGCGGAGACGAGGCAUCGUUAUCGAUCGAGUUCAACUGCAAUGACCUCGGGGCACACUCCAUCUGUAUCCCGAAGAACAGUACGGCUACAGCAUCGCGUGUCCGCCGUGUCCGCCGCUCAUCCCCAUCCAAUUCCAAGAGAGACGGGGGUGCCAAAUGCGACUCGUACAGCGGCCAAUGUCGGAACCAGUACCAAAGCUCGUCUGGUUACUGCUCUGAUGGAUACGAAAAGGAACAUUUCGCGGUAUCCGGCUAUACUCAGGAUACUUGGUGUGUCAAGCCGUGUACUGAGAAGGAAGCAUCAGCCUGCCAUACUUCCGUGUGCAAUCGAGUCCGUCCCCAAUGCGAGGGUAGAUACACAAGCUCAGACACAUGUAUGGAGGCUCUUGUUGAAUGCCGUGGAAAUCCGGUCAAGGUGAAGCAGAAAUGGUGCAAGCCAGAGUUCUUUGGGUUCUACGGUGGAAGUAUUUUUGGGGGCACUUUUGACGAUUUCUGUAAACAGCAGAAGUCGAACUGUCUGGAGUAUGCCAAUGGUGCUUGUCGCCUUGAUAAACCCUCCUGGGAUAAUUACGUUGCCAUGGCUAGGAAUGCGCAGUCCGCUGCUGCUGAUGCCUAUGUUAGGGGGUCACGUUCAUAG